AUGUGCCCGUUUGCGAGGCUGCUGGAGAAGUCCGUAGGAGAAAAGGAUGUCAGCAAGAACGCCUUCUGGUUCUGUCUCUCGAUGGCUUGCACGGUGUUCAUGGUCACCCUGGUCCUCGUGAUGCUCGUGAUGCUGAAUUCUGGUGCCCGAGACGCCGAUAAGAGAGGCUUGGAGACCAAAAGCGGAGCCGACGACGCCGGAUUUAGACGUGGUGGCUUCAACCAGAUUCUAGCGCCCCCUACAUCAAAGAGGCCGCUGCCGCCAGGCUCCCUUCUGUGCACCGUGAGCGAGGGUUUCGACAUGAGCUCGUACGUGCCUGCGCCCGACGGACUGUGCGCCAUCACAGUGUUCGACUCCCUGUACACGCCCGAUGGAAGCAAGCUCACCCCUCCUUACAACGAAGACUUCGAACUUUUCCUCGAUUCUGCGAGAGGCAGCCAGAAAACAGAGUACGCCAUAGGCUUCGACGCAAACUCGACCAUGAGGAACGAUACCGCAAUGGAACUACUUGUGCGAAACAUGACGACAACGAAUUUCUUGGAUUAUUUCUGGGAGCGCAACCGAAUCUACCACUACGCCCAAGUGAACGCACCUCUGAGAUCGACUACAAUGAGCGCUGCAACGUCCGUGGAAUACGCGGCUAGAAGCUUGCAGAUGAUUUCCAGUUUGAUGUAUUACAAGAAGAGCCCAACGGACCGACCAAGCUACACGAUCAUCUUCCACACGCUGUACUCGGACCGAAACGGAGAACUUGUCGCUCAAAGGCUCAGGGCUUCUCCUGUGGAUAUUUUUGUGGUUAUCGCAUAUCACGCCGAGGCUGACAACUGGUACACUGAUUGCCGACUCAUCCCGCCAACUAUCUUGUCCUCGGAUCUUCUCGACUCUCCGUUUAGCAAGUCUUUAUACCCUGUUCGCCUGGCCGACUCCAUUUACCACCUGCAACACAGGCACGAUUUGUGGCCUUCCACCACCACGUACGCUGUGGCUGUGGGAAUGGGCGGCCGGUGGUACACGCCAUUCUACGUGGACUACAUACCCGACAAGCCCGGCAAUUACUCUCUCGGCCAGAAGUGCCGACCUCGCAAGCCAACGGAAGACGACCAGAUCACCAACAUUGCCGAGGCUUGUACGGACCCUUCACUGAACAACACAUUUGAAGUGGACACACUGUAUGAAGCGCUCGUGGCAUACAACAAGACUGAAAGGUUGUUCUUCACGUACGACAGCGCUUCAAAUCUGCGUGCAAAGUUAUGCCGCACCAGGGGCAACAUGACGAGCCUGAAGUACACGCUCGCCGCAGCCGACAUUCAGUACGAGGACGCCAGUAACGCGUGCGGCUACGGAUCCUUCCCACGGCUGCGCAUGCUGAAGAAAUUGGCCGAGUUCUUUGCUUUCCAGUACAGGUCGAGCUCCGAGCGGAGGGAGUGCAUGAGGAUUAAGUAG